UGGUGGCUGUUGGAAGCGGGGAAGGCAGCUCGCUUAGACUCAGGUUCGUUUGAUUUGCGGCAGCUCCCGACCUCAGAUCAUACCGGCAUGGGUGGAGUUGUUAGGGAUCACCCAAGGAGGGAUUAAAGCUGGGUUUCAUCUCUCUCAUAUCAGAUGUGACAAGUCAAAGCCAGCAUGGGCCAGCCACAGAGGUUCUCUCUCAACUUCAGCACUCAAACCUGAGGCUUUGAGAAUUCAGAGAGAGACGGAGGAUAAAGAGAGAGAAAGAAAAGGGGGAGGAAAAACAGGCAGAGGGGAGGAGAGUGGGAGGGAACAAUUGAUCGUGAACCGGGGGGGAGGUUAGGUAAUGGGCAACUGUACCAAACCAUCCAUGAGAGACAAAAUGAAGAAGGGGGCAAUGGAGGGGCCAGUGACCCCCCUCAGGGGCAAGGCGGGGGCAGUGGGCCAGCAGCCGGAGGCACAGGAGGAUAAGGGCAUGGAGGAUAAGGAGUACAAGGAUCCUGUUGGUGCGCUGGUCAAGAAUUGCAACAUGCUGCACAACAUCGUGGGUCCUGCCUGCAUCUUCCUUAAACAGGGCUUUUCACAGACGCUCGACAGGGAGCUGAGACCAGAGGAGAUCGAGGAGCUCCGCGAGGCGUUUGUGGAGUUUGACAAGAAUAAGACCGGCUACAUCAGCCACAGAGACCUGGGCGAGUGCAUGAGGACGAUGGGCUACAUGCCCACCGAGAUGGAGCUCAUUGAACUCAGCCAGCAGAUCUGUGGCGGUAAAGUAGACUUUGAGGACUUUGUGGAGCUGAUGGGACCCAAGAUGCUGGCAGAGACAGCCGACAUGAUUGGAGUUAAAGAACUGCGAGACGCAUUUAAAGAGUUUGACGCCAACGGGGACGGUCAGAUCAGCAUCACGGAGCUGCGGGAGGCCAUGAAGAAGCUGAUGGGCGAGCAGCUGACCAACAGAGAGAUAGACGAGAUCCUGCGAGAUGUUGACCUCAAUGGAGACGGCCUGGUGGACUUUGAGGAAUUUGUGCGGAUGAUGUCACGCUGACCCGACCCGUCCUGCCGUCCAGAUGUGGGAUGGAAAUGGACAGACAGAUGUUACGUAACAGCUGGAAUAAUGGAGCACACUACAUUGUAGUGAACAUUGUUCAUCUGCUCUUAGGAGCAUGCAUUUUAUAAUAAUAUUUUUAUAAAUAAAAAAAAUAAUUAGAGACAAAAACCAUGGCUUUGCUUUGAGCUUAUAUCAAAUAUGACUGCACAAAUCUAGGCUCAAGCUGAGACAAGUAGAUGGGGCACUUGAGUAGCUGUAAAACAUAUCAAAAGCAUCAACAACAAUAUUUAUGAUCUUGUGGUUUGUUUGUUUUUUUUUCAGUUUUUUUUUUUUUUUUGUUAUAUUUAUGUUUGUCCUUUGAGUGUCAAUCUUGGUUUGUAAAAUGUGAUGUUCUUUUCCAAUAAAACUUAAAAUGGAGCGUU